AUCUCAGCUUCACUUCCACUCCACACCUCUUCAGAAUGGCUUCUAGCAAGCUCUUUGCGGUUGGCCUCACCGUCUUACUAAGCAUUAUUGGACUGUGCAAUGCUAUUAGGGUGGUAAACCACGCCACCGCAGAUGGACAAGGCGGUGGAGGUGGUGGAGGCGGCGGGAGCGGAACCAGCUAUGGCUCCGGAUCCGGCUCCGGCUACGGCGAUGCCGAGGCCUAUGACGGCAGUGCCCAGUCCCCAACCUCUGGCCACGCAUAUGGCAGUGGAUCCGGGGACGGUGGUGGCGUUUGGCAAGGUGACGACGAGUGCGCGUCCGGUUACGGGGCGGGCGGCGCAUCCGGUGAAGGCCAUGGCGACUCAGGUAACUCCAACACCGAUGGCGCUGCGAAUGCGAGCGGAGCUGGCGGCGGGGGCGGUUCUGGUGGGAGCAAUGGGAAUGGCAGCGGAUCUGGUGGCGGCAGUGGAGUUGGAGAAGGCGAAGGCGAUAACUAUGGUCCAUAUGGCUCGAGCUACGCAAAUAGCGGUGGCGCCGGAAGGGGAACUGGAGGCGGUCGUAAUGGUGGAUUCGGUGGCGGUUCCGGUGGUGGAGCGGGGAGCAGUGGUGGUGCCGCGUCAGGUUAUGAUGAUGGCAGCUACAACGGAUCAACACCUUAAUAAUGUUCAUUUGUUUGUACCACACACAGUCAAGCAACCGGCACGUACUGAUAGGGUUUUUUCUGUGCUUGUGAAAUAAUUUGGCCUUGCUGGGCGAUGCAGAAGUUUGUUCUACUCAUGUAAGCCACGGCCAUUUCUCUGCAUACGCCAUGUUUGGGCUAUAGUUGUCGGUUAGUAGAUGUUCUUUUGCUAU